AUGAGAAUUACAAGUACAUCUUGUAUCUGCCCAGUCCUAGUUUGUCUCUGUUUUGUGCAGAGGUGUUAUGGAUCUGCUCACCAUGGCUCCAUCAAGGUGACCAGAAAUCAAACCAAGCACAUAGAAGGCGAAACAGAAGUGCAUCAUCGUCCAAAGCGUGGAUGGGUGUGGAAUCAGUUCUUUGUUUUAGAAGAACACAUGGGACCAGAUCCUCAGUAUGUAGGAAAGCUGCAUUCCAAUUCUGACAAAGGCGAUGGAUCAGUCAAAUACAUCCUUACUGGAGAAGGGGCAGGGACUAUAUUUAUUAUUGAUGACACAACUGGAGACAUCCAUUCAACCAAAAGCUUAGAUCGAGAGCAGAAGACACACUAUGUACUUCAUGCCCAAGCUAUUGAUAGACGGACAAACAAGCCACUUGAGCCUGAAUCUGAGUUCAUUAUCAAAGUGCAGGAUAUCAACGACAAUGCACCAAAAUUUACAGAUGGACCGUAUAUUGUUACUGUGCCAGAGAUGUCUGAAAUGGGUACAUCUGUUCUACAGGUGACAGCCACGGAUGCAGAUGACCCCACAUAUGGAAACAGUGCCAGAGUAGUGUACAGUAUUCUUCAGGGACAGCCAUAUUUUUCUGUUGACCCCAAAACAGGAGUCAUCAGGACUGCCUUGCACAACAUGGACAGGGAAGCCAGAGAGCAUUAUUCCGUUGUCAUUCAAGCCAAAGAUAUGGCUGGGCAGGUCGGAGGGCUGUCAGGGUCAACAACUGUAAAUAUCACACUCACAGAUGUCAACGACAAUCCACCCAGGUUUCCUCAGAAACAUUAUCAACUGUAUGUUCCUGAGUCGGCUCAAGUUGGAUCAGCAGUUGGAAAAAUCAAAGCAAAUGAUGCAGACACUGGUUCAAAUGCAGACAUGAAGUACACAAUUAUAAAUGGUGAUGGCUCUGGCGUGUUCUCCAUAUCUACUGACAAAGAAACAAGGGAAGGAAUUCUCUCGCUGAAGAAGCCACUCAACUAUGAAAAAAAGAAAUCAUAUACACUUAAUAUAGAAGGAGCAAAUACUCACCUUGACUUUCGCUUUUCGCACUUGGGACCAUUCAAAGAUGUAACGAUGUUGAAGGUCAUCGUUGGCGAUGUGGACGAACCCCCGCUCUUCACUAUGCCUUCCUAUGUCAUGGAAGUCUAUGAAAAUGCAAAGAUCGGGACUCCUGUUGGCACAGUAACAGCACAUGAUCCUGAUGCUGCCAACAGUUUAGUGAGAUAUUUCAUUGAUCAUAAUACAGAAGAAGAUAGGUAUUUCACCAUUGAUCCUAGUACUGGGACCAUUAAGACUGCCAAGAUCUUUGACAGAGAGGAGACACCUUGGUACAACAUCACAGUGGCUGCUUCUGAGAUAGACAACCCUGGGCUAGUGAGCCAUGUUCCAGUUGUUGUUAGAAUCCUGGAUGUCAAUGACAAUCCUCCCGAACUUGCCGGAGAUUAUGAUGUAGUCGUCUGUGAAAAUACAAAGCCUGGUCAGGUAAUUCAGACUAUCACUGCAACUGACAAAGAUAACUCUGCAAAUGGCGCAAGAUUCCAUUUUUCUAUUGAUGAAGGGCUUUCUCUGAACCCCAACUUUACUCUAAGGAACAAUGAAGAUAAUACAGCCAGUAUCCUGACAAGACGAAGGAGAUACAGUCGAACCACUCAAGAUAUCUAUUACCUCCCCAUUUUGAUUUCUGAUGGCGGCGUGCCCCCUCUCAGCAGCAGCAGUACCCUCACCAUCCGUGUUUGUGCCUGUGAGAGAGACGGACGAGUGAGAACUUGCCAUGCUGAAGCUUUCCUCUCCUCAGCUGGCUUGAGCACAGGAGCUUUAAUCGCAAUCCUGCUCUGUGUUGUCAUUCUUCUUGUUUUCUCUUUAGCAAUUGUGGUCCUUUUCAUCACCCUAAGACGUAGCAAGAAGGAGCCUUUGAUCAUUUCAGAAGAAGAUGUCCGGGAAAAUGUUGUGACAUAUGAUGAUGAGGGCGGUGGAGAGGAAGACACAGAAGCAUUUGACAUCACAGCACUGCGGAAUCCCUCUGCUGCUGAAGAGCUAAAAUACCGGAGGGAUGUUCGUCCUGAGGUGAAGCCUCUGUCCAGGCAUCAUCCCUCCUCAAGCCUUGACAGUAUAGAUGUUCAGGAGUUCAUUAAACAAAGACUGGCAGAGGCUGAUCUGGACCCCAGUGUGCCCCCAUAUGACUCCCUGCAGACAUAUGCCUAUGAGGGUCAUAGAUCAGAAGCUGGGUCUAUCAGCUCUCUGGAUUCAGCAACAACACACUCUGACCAGGAUUAUAAUUACCUUGGAGACUGGGGACCUGAGUUCAAGAAGCUAGCUGAACUCUACGGGGAAAUAGAACCAGAAAGAACGACUUAG